AUGGGAAGUCUUUGGAAGUCUUUGCACCAACCGAACUGCUCCGCGCACGAGGCAGUUUCACUGGUUUUCAGAGCUGCUGCAUACAGUAGAGUGACUGAGUGCCUUGCCGUCUCUCACUCGCACCACUGCCGCGAGGCGAAUUUGCUGCUGGGGCAGUGUGCCUGCUUUGACAAUGAUUCUCCAGGGCAGUUUCCUCGCCUAGGUGCCAGCAGUUACAGGGUUACCAUCACCAAGAAUCACCUCUGGUCAGGAUCGACGGCCACGCCUGUCGCUUGCCUAGAUCAACGCCGAAUCUUUACAGCCACAGCGACGGCAGCGAUGGCUUCCGACGGUCCUGUCGCGACGAGCAGCAGCGGCGUGACGCCUGCUGACGUGGACACGGCAGCUGACGAGAUUCUCGUGUACUGGUUCGGCGACUUCAUGGCUCCUGACUAUUCUGGCCCACCACCAGAAGAUGAUGUCGUGGCAGCCAAGCAAUCUCUUUGGUUCCGCAAAGAUCCUGACGUGGACGCUUUUAUCCGCGCCAGAUUCGCUCCCCUCAUCCCACUCGCUGCGUCAGGCCAGUUGGCAGGCUGGGAAGACACGCCACGUGGCGCGCUGGCAUUGGUCGUGCUGCUGGACCAGUUCACGAGGAACAGCCUCAGGGGAUCGCCUGACUCCUUUGCCCAGGACUCGUUGGCCCGACAAGUCGCAAGAAGGGCCAUAGCCAAAGGAUUCAACAAGCAAUUUCACCUUCGUAUUCGGUCCUUUUUCUACCUGCCAUUUAUGCAUUCUGAAGACCUACAAGACCAAGACCUGUGUGUGCAGCUGCUGUCAGAGUCGGUAGCAGAGGCACCAGAAGGCCCACUCAAGGACUCCCUAUCCGGUAUUGGCGUCGUGCUUCUGCUCCUAGUCCUCGUCUGCUGCUCCCUCGCCAUUCAAGUCCCUGGCAACUCCUUCACCGUUGAUCUGAAUCCCAGCGCUGUUGUUGAACCUCUAAGCGACCAAUUCAAAACCACAGCUGACUUGCAAUCGGAAGAAGCCGGCUCUGUAACUACCGUGACAAAAAUGGUGACCUUCCCUGACGUCGUGGUGGUGGGAGGCGGCCUCGCGGGUCUGUCUGCGGCCGUGGAAGUCGUCAAGCGGGGCGGAUCCGUCCUCGUCCUCGAAAAGAGCGAACGGCUCGGUGGGAACUCUGCCAAGGCGAGCUCUGGAAUGAACGCUGCUCGCAGCGGGCCCCAGCUCGCCGGUGGCAUCGAGGACAAGCUCGAGGAUUUCGCCAAGGACACUGAGAAGUCCGGCAAGGGUCUGUCGGACAUGACGUUGGUGGACGUGAUCGUGAAGCAGAGCGCGGACGCCGUCGCGUUCCUCGAGGGCUUCGAGAUCGACCUCUCCAGCAUCGCGCAGCUCGGCGGCCACUCGCAUCCGCGCACGCACAGGUCCAAGCCCGACGGCAAGCCCAUGAACAUCGGCUUCCGCAUCAUGUCUGUGCUCAUCAAAUACGUCGAGGCUCUCCCUGCCGACAAGGCUAAGGUGGUGAAGCAGGCGCGGGUGACCGCGCUUCUCACAGACGACAGCGGCGCAGUCACUGGUGUCAAGUACGAGACCCCUGCAGCUGACGGCUCUGGCGGCAAGGAGGAGACGGAGGUGAAGGCCUCCGCAGUCAUCCUCGCAACAGGCGGCUACUCGGCAGACAAGGCCGAGGGGGGGCUGCUGGACCAGCACACGCCCAAGCUGCGAAACCUGGCGACCACCAACGGCCCGUUCGCGACGGGCGACGGCGUGCGACUGGGCGUGGCGGCGGGCGCGGGGCUGGUGCACAUGGACCAGGUGCAGCUGCACCCGACGGGGUACGUGGACCCCAAGGACCCGCGCAACCCCGUCAAGUUCCUCGCGCCCGAGGCCCUGCGCGGAUGCGGCGGGAUCCUGCUCAACGAGAAGGGCGACCGGUUCGUCAACGAGCUGACGACCAGAGACGCGGUGGUGGAGGCGAUUCUCAAGAACUGCGGGCCGCUGCCCGAGGUGCCAGACGCGCCAGCAGGGGGUGCGGACAUGCCAGCGGUAUCGUACCUGAUUCUGAACCAGGAGGCCAUCAACAAGUUCGACCCGCUCUCGUGCCAGUUUUAUAUUGGCAAGGGGCUCAUCCGUAAGUUUGACAGCGUGGAGGCUCUGAGCGAGGGCACGAAACUGCCAGCAGCCAACGUGAAGGCUGCUCUGGACUCGUAUGGCCACCACGAUGCAGAGAAGGGCGAUCCCUUUGGCAAGACCGUCUUCCCUGUGCUCUUCAACUCCUCCGAGCCCCCACUGUACGUGGCCAUCAUCACGCCAUCGCUGCACUACUGCAUGGGAGGGCUCAAGUUUGACACCAAUGGCCGCAUCCUCAAGGAGGAUGGCACGCCCAUUCCCGGCCUCUUCGGGGCUGGCGAGGUGACAGGUGGACUGCAUGGAGCAAACCGUCUGGGUGGCAACUCCCUGCUGGAGUGUGUGGUGUAUGGCCGUGUGGCUGGCAUCAGUGCCUUUGACCGCAUUGGUAAAUCUGCUGUGUAG